CGCCGCUCGCCUGCACUGCUCUCCUUUCGCCCGGGGGAAGCGACAACGUCCCGAUAACUUGCAGACUGUGGCGCAACUGGUCUCGACACCGGAGGCGCCCGAAUGCUGUCCGGGUGAGGAACCUGGGAAAGAAAACAGUCUCAACAAUGAAUAGGCCGCUCAUCACGACCAAUUACAGAUGACUUGCCAUUUCAUUUACAAAGAUGUCGUCUGCUGCUGAGAAUGGAGAUGCAGCACCUGGGAAACAAAAUGAAGAAAAAACCUAUAAAAAGAUCAGUGAAGGAAAUUUUGAUUAUGGACCCAUGGCAAAACGAACUGCAUCAUCUGCCAUCAAAGGUGCUAUUCAGCUGGGAAUAGGAUACACAGUGGGUAAUCUCACCUCCAAGCCAGAUCGAGAUGUUCUCAUGCAAGACUUUUAUGUGGUGGAAAGUGUGUUCCUACCCAGUGAAGGGAGCAAUCUGACCCCAGCACAUCACUACCCAGACUUCAGAUUUAAGACAUAUGCUCCACUAGCAUUCCGAUAUUUCAGAGAACUUUUUGGUAUCAAGCCUGAUGAUUACUUGUAUUCCAUAUGCAGUGAACCUCUAAUAGAGCUGUCUAACCCUGGAGCCAGUGGAUCCUUGUUUUUUGUGACCAGUGAUGAUGAAUUUAUCAUCAAAACAGUUCAGCAUAAAGAAGCAGAGUUCCUUCAGAAGCUCCUGCCAGGCUAUUACAUGAACUUAAACCAGAAUCCAAGGACUCUUUUGCCCAAAUUUUAUGGACUGUAUUGCAUGCAAUCAGGGGGCAUUAACAUCAGGAUUGUGGUGAUGAACAAUGUCUUACCACGCUCCAUGAGAAUGCACUUUACAUAUGACUUGAAAGGCUCAACCUAUAAGCGAAGAGCAUCCCGAAAAGAGAGAGAGAAAUCCAACCCCACGUUUAAGGACUUAGAUUUCCUGCAAGACAUGCACGAAGGAUUGUAUUUUGAUACAGAAACAUACAAUGCGCUCAUGAAGACGCUUCAGAGAGACUGCCGGGUGCUGGAAAGCUUCAAGAUCAUGGACUAUAGCCUUUUGCUGGGAAUCCACAUCUUGGACCAUUCCCUCAAAGAGAAAGAAGAGGAAAUUUCACAAAAUGUGCCCGAUGCUAAGCGGUCUGGGAUGCAAAAGGUCCUCUACUCGACAGCAAUGGAAUCCAUCCAGGGUCCAGGGAAAUCAGGAGACGGGAUCAUCACAGAGAACCCGGACACAAUGGGAGGCAUUCCAGCUAAAAGCCAUAAGGGAGAAAAGCUACUUUUAUUUAUGGGCAUUAUUGAUAUUCUGCAAUCAUAUAGGUUAAUGAAAAAGUUGGAACAUUCCUGGAAAGCUCUUGUUUAUGAUGGGGACACUGUUUCGGUUCAUAGACCAAGCUUUUAUGCAGACAGAUUUCUAAAGUUUAUGAAUUCCAGAGUUUUCAAGAAAAUUCAAGCUUUGAAGGCUUCACCUUCUAAAAAACGGUGCAACUCCAUUGCCGCCCUGAAGGCAACCUCACAGGAGAUUGUGUCCUCAAUUAGCCAGGAAUGGAAGGAUGAGAAGCGUGAUUUGCUGACCGAAGGGCAAAGUUUUAGCAGCCUUGAUGAAGAAGCAUUGGGAUCCCGACACAGGCCGGACCUGGUGCCUAGCACUCCAUCGCUGUUUGAAGCUGCUUCCUUGGCGACCACAAUUUCAUCUUCUUCCUUGUACGUCAGUGAACAUUAUCCACACGACAGGACUACGCUUUAUUCAAGCAGUAAAGGGUUACCUUCCAGUUCAACCUUUACCUUGGAAGAGGGGACCAUCUACUUGGCUUCUGAGCCAAAUGCUCUGGAAAUGCAGGAUGAUGAUGCCUCCGUGCUCGAUGUCUAUUUAUAAGUGAAAAUGGUGACCACCUAAGCAGAUGGAUGAGGCAGGAACACGGUUGUGGGAGAGAAGUUUCUCCACUUCACAAUUUCCCAAAGGAAACUUGGCUGAGCCCCACUACACACAGAGUCAUAAUCAACUGGACUUGGAGUUUGCGAGAUGUCAGGGGAGCCUUGGCCGAGAGGCUGAUCAGCAGAUGUGAUGUGAAAAAUACCACACUCUUCUGUCAUUUGCUGUUGCUUGCUGAACUGUGAAGAACUGCAUGAACUCUAUUUAAGCUGCUUUCUAUACCAUUGCCAAUCACCUUUUUGGACUUGGAAGUGCUAUUUUACUAUUGACACUUGGAUUAUUUCAUUUUGCAUGCAUCCAGUGAUUAUCCAUAAGCAACAUAUGUAAUCUGCUUAUAUAUUUUUUAAAAAUCUAUCCAUGCAAAAUGGUAAAUAAAGUCUGAAUUAUGCUCUUUUUCAAAGUUAUAACCAUAGCCCAUGUCAUUAAAAGUUUAAAUUGGUUUCAUAUAAAGAUCAGUGUAAUAGGUCUGCAUAUACUUUAUAGAAAAUUAGCUUCUAUAAAGAUUUUUUCACUGUUUACUAGUGAAAUGGGAAAAGCAAAGCUAUUUAUAAAAGGCCUUAUGUCGUGUACAUACAUUGUCUUUGAAAUAUUUGUGAUUUAGUUUAUUGCUUGUAAAAGAGAUUAUAUAAUUUAUUUAGUAAAUACUAUUGUAAACUAUAGUUUUAU